AUACGGGACAGAUGCUCACGACAAUGGAGAGGAGAAACGGGGUCCGGACUCAAAUAAUUUCGUUGUAGAAUAGUAUAGAUCGAAGGAGGGAAACGACACGCCAUUUCCAAAUGCCCGCCGGCCCUGUCUUCGGGGGCGCGACCCCGCGAAGCCAAUCCUCUCCUCGCUUCAGGGAUAGUCACAGCUCCUUCUUCUUCAGGGACCGUUCCUCGACGUAUCUAUUGAUCUUUCCGACCCUGCGCGACCAAUCCCAAGCCUACAUCCGGGAGGGGCGUGGACCUGUGCGGCCCGGUGUUUUCCCUGAUCAAACGCCGCUCAUUGGCUUUUCCUCCUCCGCGGAGGCGGUCCCUAUUCCUUUCGUGCUCCCUUUAGGGUUGUGCAGCCCUUAGGGGAACCAACCCCAAUGCCCCAGGGAGUCAGGGAGGCGUGUCCUCAGAACACGAAUUUCCAUUGGUUUCACUGCCCGCUCGGGUGGGAUGGUCUAGCCUCUCUUGUGGCUCAUUGGGUUUGUGAUUCCAUGGGGCGGAACUUGGCUGGGCCUAAACUCAAUCCGCGGUCCCCGACCGGUUUCAGGGCAAAGCUGCUAUGCCUUCCGGGGGCCGCGGUCGACCCCGGUUACGGCUCGGGGAACGUGGCCUCACGGAGCCACCCUCAUUGCCCAAGCGCCGCCUGCUACCGCGGGUGCAGCUGUUGCCCGUGCUGCUGCUGGCGCUGGCCGUGGGCUCCGCGUUCUACAUCAUCUGGAGCAGCUGGCACCGCGGGACUGAGGAGCUGUCGCGGGGCCGGCAGCUGCGGGCCCCGCCGAUUGGAAGCCUCCCAGAAGACAGGCUGCGAUGGGUGGUGGGGCAACUAGACCCACAGCGUCUCUGGAGUACUUACUUGCGUCCUCUGUUGAUUGUGCGAACCCCUGGCAGCCCAGGCAAUAUCCAAGUCAGAAAGUUCCUGGAGGCCACGCUGAGGACCCUGACAGCAGGCUGGCAUGUAGAACUGGAUCCCUUUACAGCGUUGACGCCCCUGGGGCCACUGGACUUUGGCAACAUAGUGGCCACGCUGGACCCAGGGGCUGCCCAUCACCUCACCCUUGCCUGCCAUUAUGACUCGAAGCUCUUCCCUCCUGGGUCAGGCCCCUUUGUAGGGGCCACGGAUUCGGCUGUGCCCUGUGCCCUGCUACUGGAGCUGGCCCAGGCCCUUGAUCUGUUAUUGAGCAGGGCCAAGGAGCAGGCAGCCCCAGUGACACUACAGCUGCUCUUCUUGGAUGGUGAAGAGGCGCUGAAGGAGUGGGGACCUAAGGACUCUCUUUAUGGCUCCCGGCACCUAGCCCAGCUCAUGGAGUCCAUACCCCACAGUCCUGGCCCCACGAGGAUCCAGGCUAUUGAGCUCUUUGUGCUUCUUGAUCUUCUGGGAGCACCCAACCCAACCUUCUACAGUCACUUCCCCCGCACUCUCCGCUGGUUCCAUCGGCUGAGGAGCAUCGAAAAGCGUCUGCACCGUCUGAACCUGCUGCAGUCUCAUCCCCAGGAGGUGAUGUACUUCCAGCCCGGGGAGCCUCCUGGCUCUGUGGAAGAUGACCACCUCCCUUUCCUCCACAGAGGGGUCCCCGUGCUCCAUCUCAUCUCCACGCCCUUCCCCACCGUCUGGCACACACCUUCUGACUCCGAGGCCAAUCUCCACCCACCCACGGUCUACAACCUGAGCCGCAUCCUCGCUGUGUUCCUGGCUGAGUACCUGGGGCUCUAGCCUGCUGGGUCAGUGCUUGAGGAGGACCUUACUCUAAGGAAGAAGUGCCCACCAGGGCACAUGCCAAGGCACCCAGUGCCAGCGGAGCUCAGCUGGGUCAACCUCCAGCAUGCUAGCUUGUCCUUUCUGACACCUUCGGCUCCUAUCUGUGCUACAAUUGGAAAGUCCAUUUUCCUUUGUCUGAAGCUACCCACGCUUCAAGGACAUGGAAGGGACCACUGUGGGGGUUCUCGAGAGCCAAAGGCACAAGAGCUUGGGCCCUGCCCUGAGGCAAACACUUGGUCUGGAAGGUCUGCAGGGACCAAACGCUGUUCUUUAGUCAGCAAACCAUGGACUGGCAUCUGGAACAGCAGCACCCAACCAAACGAAGUCUCUGUGGCUUGCGUUUGUGUGUCAUUUCAUUCUCGGGAAUGGCAGUCUUGUUCCUGCCCGAGUCAGACCUCUAUCUCCCCAGGGAGGCCCACAGCGGCUGGGCUCAGACAGAAGAGAUGGAAGCCAAGACCUCGGCGCUCCAGAUCUGCCUGACCCAGUGGGCAACAAACCAGAGUUUUAAGUGGAUCAGAGAUCAAGCUAGUGGCGUUUCCUCACUGCACAACUUGAAUUCUCCACAGUAGGACAGAGAAUGCAGUGGUUCCCAAAGUAUCUCAUCAUGGAGCCCCAUAAUUAGGAAGCACCACACAGAACUAGGUACUUCAUAAGAUAUUUUGGGAAACGCAGGGAUUGGAAUGUUUGAGAGGGCUUGCGGCAGGAAUGGAUCAGACACACCUAGAAUUGCUCCAUUAGUUAUACCAACCCAUUGUCAUCCACGAGCAUGUAGGAUGGUGGGUUUUACUGAGUGCAGUGAGGAAGAAUCUCCAGCCCCACCUAAUCUUCAUGUUCAGCUAUGGAAUUUGUUAAAAAGGCAGACUUGCAAGCCCCACCCCAGACCUACUGAGCCAGACUCAAGGGAGGGGGUGGGAUUCUAACAACCUAAGGGAGUCUCUCAGCAGAGUUUGGGGCACCCUGUCUUUAAGGAUGCUGCUUGGUGCAUGCAUAGCAACUUAGUAAACCUACUCAAAAGAAAACUCUAGAUGCAAGGGCUGGAAUUGUGGCUCAGUGGUAGAGCGCUUGCCUAGCAUGUGCGAGGCCCUGGGUUUGAUCCUUAGCAUGACAAAAAAAUAAAGAUAUUGUGUCCAACUACAACUAAAAAAUAUAUAUUAAAAAAAAAAAAAAGCCCUAGAUGCAGGGAGCCACAUGGGGGUGCAGCUUGCUGGCAGAGCACUUUUCUAGUGUGUGAGGCCCUGGGCUCCAUCCCCAGAAGACAAGAUGGAAGGUUAUGCCAGACACCUAUAAUCCCAGCAGCUCAGGAGGCUCAUCAAAAGUUCAAAGGCAGUCUCGGCAACUUAGCAAGGCCCUGUCUCAAACUGAAAAAUAAAAAUGGCUGGGAAUGUAGAUCUCUGGUUAAGUGCCCCUGGACUCAAUCCCUGGUACAAAAAAAAAAAAAAGAAAGAAAGAAAGAAAGAUGGAAGGUUAUUAAAUGAGGAAGUUGAACAUGGGCCUUCCAAGUCAACUCAGUGAUGCAGAAGACUCCAGGGAACACCAGGGCUGAAACUCAAGAUAUCAAAUUAGGGAGGAAACCAGAAGGUCCUCAACUUAGAUUCUUCUAGUCACUGACAUUUAUUGGGAACCUACUAUGUGCUGGGCACAAGCAAUUUACUUAUAACAACUCAUUUAGUCUGCCCCCAAACCCUGAAGUAGGUACAGUUUCAGUCCUCAUUUUGCAGGUGAGGUGGCCCAGAGAAUUGUGAACCAGUUGUUUGGAGAGACCCGUUUCACAUGCAGCUGUGAUUCCAAGGACCCCUGUGUCCUCCCUUCUCCAUGUCACCUGUGCUGGAUGUGCUGGAUGACUAGUUUGCUGGAAAAAAGUAGCAUGUGGCUUUUAAAUGGCUCUAUGAACAUUUUUGGCUUGAAUCCAGGGUAAGGACUAUGAGACCCAUGUUAUAGAUCAAGCUGCUGAUGCUUGGCAAGCUUGUGUUUCCCCAGGUUUCCAGGCCAGUAAGCCCUGCAGCUCCCAUGCACACUCACACUUGAGCUCCCUCAGCUUCACUCUAUGAAGGAACCACAGGUGUACAAGUUUUGAGCACUUACCAGUCUCCUGAGGAAUUGUUGGGACAGGCUGAGCAUCCCUAAUCCAAAAAUCUGAAAUGCUCCGAAGUUCAAAACUUUUGAGUACUGACACCACAUAUGGAAAAUUCCACCCCUGACUUCAGGUGACAGGUUGCAUUUAAAAUGGUGGUGAACUAAAAAUGUAUAAAAUCACCUUCAGGUUCUGUGUGUAAGGUAUAAAUAAAGCAAAUAAGUUUUGUGGGC